UCAAAAGACGGAACACAUUACCAUAUAAAGAUAGUCAUUCUCGCUCUUUAAAUAAAACUAUCACAUCGCGGUCCUUCGCAUUCGAAAUUCAGUGGUCGUUGUGCGUGCAUCCGAAACCGUCACCCACGAAAUUCUUGCAGCUCGGCUAAAUCAAUUAACAAAGGGAGGAGGACAUGGUGUCGGACAACAUCGAGUCGAACGAUGCAUCGAGUUCGCCGGAAUUGCAAAUUUUGCGCGGCGACGAAAGAAGCGAGAUCGCCGAUUUCUAUGAUCGAACGAACGUAUUGGUGACUGGUGGAACGGGAUUCAUCGGCCAGCUGCUUGUCGAGAAAUUGCUGAGGUCUUGUCCAGGCAUAGCGAAGCUUUACAUGAUCGUGAGGCCGAAAAAGGGAAAAUCUGCAGAAGAACGGUUCAAAGAGAACUUUGACGUACCCGUGUACGAUAGACUAAAGCACGAGAGACCAGAUUUCAUUGACAAGAUCGUGAUGAUAGAGAGUGAUAUCGCUGAAGAGGACUUCAACGUUGUGGAGGAAGUCAAUGAUAUGUUGAAGAACACGAAUGUCGUGUUUCACGCUGCCGCGACCGUUCGAUUCGACGAAGAGCUUCGACUGGUAAUGAACAUCAACGUGAGGAUCACGAAGCGUUUGUUGCUGUGGGCGAAAGAUUUGCCGAACUUAAAGGCAUUCGUGUACGUGUCAACAGCGUUCUCGAACUGUCCCAAUAAAGUCAUCGACGAAAUCCACUACAAAGCGACCAUCGAUCCUGACGAUUUCAUAUCGUUGGCGAACUCCCUGGACAAUGAUCAACUCGAAGCUAUCAAAUCGGCAUUGUUCAGCAAAUUCCCGAAUAACUAUAUUAUCAGCAAAGCAACCGCGGAGGCCGCCGUACUAAAAUAUGGACAAGACAUUCCAACGGGGAUUGUCAGACCUUCCAUGGUUGCGACGACAUUCGAGGAACCAUUGAAUGGGUGGAUAAACAAUUUAUACGGUAGUGUUGGCUUUGUUGUUGCAGUUGGCCUUGGUUUUAUACGUGUAGGAUAUUGCAUACCUGAACACGUUGCUGACCUGAUGCCAGCCGACUAUGUCGUGGCUACUAUCAUUGCUGCUGGUUGGGAUAUUGCGAACAGGAAAUCUCUAACGAAAUUGGAGAUAGACACGAACCUGACUGACGAAGAGAAAGUGCCUAUAUAUAAUUCGGUAUCGUCGCCACAGAAUCCAAUUACUUGGCGAGAGUACAUGCAACAUAAUUAUGAACAUGGAAUUCGUGUACCAUCUAUACAUAGUAUUUGGUAUUACAUGUUUUUCUUCAUAACAAAUGAGUUCAUGUAUUGUGUCUGCACUUUCCUGUUGCACACGAUACCAGCGUUUAUCGUAGACACGAUAGCACGUCUCAUAGGCCGUAAACCAAUUUUAAUGGACUCGUAUAAAAAAAUAAAUAAAUAUCUCACAGCAGUGCACCAUUUCUCGACGAAUCAGUGGAAGUUCCGCAAUGAGAAUGUGAGGAAAAUGUGGGGAAAGCUGAAUUCUGUCGAUCGAAAAAUGUUCAAUUUCAAUGUGGAGAACAUAAUCUGGAAUGAUUACUUUUACCAUCAUAUUAGAGGUAUACGCCAGUACGUGGUCAAAGAUCCACUGGAAACUUUGGAUGUAGCUAUCGCCAAGUACAACAGACUGCGCAUAGCACAUUAUACGGUAGUGACGCUAAUUACGCUGUUAGUGGCAUGGCUCAUUGUAUCAAUUGUACUUUCCGUUUGGUCAUACUGUCCUUGGUCUUAUUAAGUAUUAUUCGAUCGUAUUCAGUAAAUGAUUUCUCGUCGAAGCAAACAAGUGUAUUUAAAUCGGUCAUUGUCGAUUGUAAGAAACGGAAAUUUCGUAGAAAUAAAUUGUUUCCGUUAAUAA